UGAGGAGAGACUUUAAAGCAGAGGAUGCUCUCACAGGUUAUUCGGAUUCUGUAUGUCUUGUCUUUCUGCUUUUUCCAACGAGGCUUUAUCAGACUGAGCUCCUGUAAGGAGGAGAUAAAGCCCCCCAGCAGGGCAGGACCGCAGAUGUCGCCGUCUGACUUCCUGGACAAGCUCAUGGGGAGAACAUCAGAAUACGAUGCCCGCAUCAGACCCAACUUCAAAGGCCCAGCUGUAAAUGUCACCUGUAAUAUCUUCAUCAACAGCUUUGGGUCCAUCACAGAAACUACAAUGGACUACAUGCUCAAUGUAUUUCUACGACAAAAAUGGAACGACCCUCGCCUGGCGUACAGCGAAUACCCAGACGACUCCCUUGAUCUGGAUCCAUCUAUGUUGGACUCCAUCUGGAAACCGGAUUUAUUCUUUGCAAAUGAGAAAGGAGCCGAUUUCCACGAGGUCACCACUGAUAACAAGCUGCUACGGAUUUUCAAAGACGGCAGCGUUCUGUACAGCAUUAGGCUGACUCUCACCCUGUCCUGCCCUAUGGACUUGAAGAAUUUCCCAAUGGACAUUCAGACCUGUACAAUGCAACUUGAAAGCUUUGGUUACACCAUGAAUGACCUGAUCUUUGAGUGGCUGUCUGAAAACCCCGUUCAGGUGGCUGAUGAUCUUACCCUCCCCCAGUUUGUGCUAAAAGAGGAGAAGGAUUUGGGCUACUGCACUAAGCAUUACAACACAGGUCAAUUCACCUGCAUUGAGGUGAAGUUCCACCUGGAACGUCAAAUGGGCUACUACUUGAUUCAGAUGUACAUCCCCUCCCUCCUCAUCGUCAUCCUCUCCUGGGUGUCUUUCUGGAUAAAUAUGGACGCUGCACCAGCCCGAGUGGGUCUGGGCAUCACCACGGUACUGACGAUGACCACGCAGAGCUCUGGCUCAAGGGCCUCGCUGCCAAAGGUGUCCUAUGUAAAGGCCAUCGACAUCUGGAUGGCGGUGUGCCUUCUGUUUGUGUUUGCUGCCCUGCUGGAAUACGCAUCAGUUAACUUUGUCUCAAGGCAACACAAGGAGUUCAUCCGGCUGAGGAAAAAGCAGCGGCAGCAAAGAAUAGAGGAUGAGAUGGUGAGGGAGAGCCGUGGUUUUUACUUCCGGGGUUAUGGACUGGGUCACAGCCUGCAGAACAAGGAUGGUACCGCUGUGGAAGGGGCCACUGUGUUCACCCGGCCGCCGCCUCUUUCUCCUCCAGUUACCUUGUACGACGGAGAGAACCAAAACUGCCUGACAGAUCUAUAUUACAAAGAGGAAUUGUGUCAGGAGGCAUAUCUGCUUCUCUACAACCAUUGCUAAAAACUUUGUGCUCAGGUGAGUCUUCAGGAUCUCAGAUGAAUGAGUGAUUAAACCGAAAGACAAGGUGAAGCUACGUGGAUUCAUGGUGUUUGUGAUUGCUCUCUCGAUUCUGUGUUGGUUGGAUUCAUAAGAAUGACCACAGAGAAAAAACCCGACUGGUACUUGUGUGGUUCAUGACCUUUGUUUGAGAUGAUGAGAAGUUGAUCCUGGCUGGAUGAGAUGUACUGACUUGAAUUUUGACACUACGCAUUUUUUCAUGAAUGUUUUUGAAAACUCAAAAGAUAAAAAGGUUCUUUUUACACCUUUAGAUUAUCUAAUGGGUACAAAUGGGUGUGGGGGAGAAAUGAGUCAUUGAGAUUUAAUAUUCAUUAAGUGGUGAUAAUUCAAUAAAUAUUAUAUAUAUAUAUAUAUAUAUA